AUGACGUCUAGCUCCAAGCCAGAGGGCAAUAUGCUCUGGGGCGGCCGCUUUACAGGCGGCCUCGAUCCCCUCAUGGUCAAGUACAACGAGAGCAUCAACUUUGAUCGUGCCCUCUACAAGCAAGACAUCCUCGGCAGCAUCGCCUUCGCCCGCGCCAACGCCAAGGCCGGCAUCCUCACCUCCCAAGAGUUCGAGCAGAUCGAAAAGGGCCUGCGUGACGUCGAGAAGGAAUGGGAGACAGGCGUCUUUUCCAUAGUGCCUGGUGUCGACGAAGAUAUCCACACCGCCAACGAGCGCCGCCUCAGCGAAAUCAUCGGCAAGCAAGUCGCCGGCAAGCUGCAUACCGGUCGCAGCCGCAACGAGCAGGUCGUCUGUGACAUGCGCAUGUGGCUGCGCGACGAGCUGCGCACCAUCGAGAAGCACCUCGUCGACUUCCUCGGCGUCGUCGCAGCCCGUGCCGAGCGCGACAUCGACCUCGUCAUGCCCGGCUACACCCACCUGCAGCGUGCCCAGCCCAUUCGCUGGAGCCACUGGCUGCUUUCCUACGGCCUGGCCUUUGCCGCCGACCUCGAGCGCCUUCGCGAGACCAUCCGGCGCGUCAACAGGAACCCCCUGGGCUGCGGCGCCCUCGCCGGCAACCCCUUUGGCAUCGACCGCGACAUGAUGACGCGCGAGCUCGGCUUCGACGGCCUACUAUGGAACUCGAUGGGCGGCGUUGCCGACCGCGACUUCGUCUCCGAGACCCUGCAGUGGGGCGCCAUGGUGAUGCAGCACAUCUCUCGCUGGGCCGAGGACCUCAUCAUCUACUCGACGGCCGAGUUCGGCUUCAAGAAGAACCCCGACAGCCUCGAGCUGCUGCGGGGCAAGAGCGGCCGCGCCUUUGGACACAUGGCCGGCUUCAUGAUGACCCAAAAGGGCCUUCCCAGCACCUAUAACAAGGACCUGCAGGAGAGUGUCGAGCCUAUGCUCGAUCACGUCAAGACCGUCUCGGACAGCAUCCAGAUUGCCAACGGCGUUCUGUCCACCCUCACCACGAACGCGGACCGGAUGCGCGCCGCCCUGGAUCCAUUCAUGCUCGCCACCGACGUCGCCGACUACCUCGUCCGCAAGGGCGUCCCCUUUCGCGAGACCCAUCACAUCUCAGGACGCUGCGUCGCAAAGUCGGAAGAGACGGGCACCCCAAUGAACGAGCUGUCCUACGAGCAGCUCAAGGCCAUCGAUGGCCGCUUUGAAGAGGACAUCCGCGACGUCUUCAACUACGACACGAGCGUCGAGCGGAGGUCGGCAAAGGGCGGCACCAGCAAGUCAAGCGUUCUCGAGCAAAUCAAGGUUCUCAGGGAGAUGUUGGGCUAA